UAUCUUCCGGCUGUUUAAGCUCAUAGACGCCAGAACACAGUGACGCGAGAAUUACCUGAGUGAGCCUUCCUGGCCAGGUAACGCACUGUCGAGUGAGCACAGAAAUACCAUUAAGCACAUGGCCCCGAAGAUGGUUUGUGAAAUUAUCUUGUGAGUGUCAAGAUGGUCUGAUGGACCGGUGCUUCUUCCUGACUUUUUUCAUCUGCUCCGCGUCGUGGAUCUUUUUCUGGGAAGUGAACUGGAAGAAAGGCAAAGAAGGCCAGAUUGAGGAAUGGCUACAAGGACAUCGUCUUUCUCAUUACAGGCAUUUGUUUGAAGAUGUACAGACGUUGGAGGAGCUGAGUUUGAGUGUACUGAGUCGCCUAGAAGAGGUGGUGAAGGAACCGCAUAGCUGGAGGGAGAUUGCUGAGGCUCAUAUCCGGCUUCUCCGAGACUUUGCCUUCCAGGAGUGGCUCUGUUCCCAGAACCUGGAACACUUUUACCAUACGCUGAAGACUUUGGGUUACAUGAAUUUGGAUGAUCUGUCACAGUUCGACAGCCAGCUGCAUCUCACCUUAGCCGCUUGGGGAUACUACUACGAAGAUUACAUCAAGCUGUCUACUGGCAUCAAGAUCCUCCAGACCUCCAGGAGGAGUCGUGACCAGGAUUACGAGAUCCAGCUUGUGCAUAGUCUUGCUGAGAGGCGUCUGAAUGAGAAGUGGUCUAUCGCGGGAGCGCUCCUAUUUGGCUGUACUGUGGCGCUGUGCUUCUUGAUAAGGGACCUCAUGUUUUACGUGAUUGGUGGAAUUACUGUUUCCAUCAUCGCAUUUGUCUUCACCAUCAAGUUCCUUUGUGAGCUUGCAGCCAGAGUCGUUAGCUUUCUGCAAAACGAGGACCCGGGUCGACGUGGAGACCGCAGCAUCUAUGACUAUGUGCGGGGCAACUACCUGGAUCCACGCUCCUGCAAGGUGUCCUGGGAUUGGAAGGAGCCACAAGAAGUGGGGCAGACGAUGAGCUUCAGAGUCCAAGUAAAGAGCAAACUGUACUACAAGAACGGCCAGCCUUUCCCGGCCCAUCGGCCAGUGGGGUUGAGGGUUAACAUCACGCACAUUGAACUGGCUCUGGACAUACCUAUUACACAGGAGGUCUUACAAGAACCAGAUUCCAACGUGGUGAAAGUAGCUUUCACCGUGCGCAAGGCUGGCCGCUAUGAGGUGGCUGUCAAGCUUGGUGGCCUCAAUGUUGCCUACAGCCCGUACUAUAAAAUCUUCCAGCCAGGCACGGUUGUCCCAUCUAAGACCAAGAUAGCCUACCAUUUCUCUACGCUGGUGCUAACACAUAGCCAGCAGCACACUCUGCAAAUUGAGCCCAGGGAUGAAUAUGGAAACCCUACAAGUAACUCUAUAUCGUUGACAGAUGAGGCCAACUACAGCGUCCAUUUGCAGUCUCUGGGCACAGUGGAUGAUGACAGUAUGGAGGGCCAUUAUAGUAAGACGGUGACCCUAAACAAGCAGCAAUGUCAGGUUCUGAUGAAACUGACCUUGUGGAAGACUGGCUGUUUCAGAGCCCGCAUCUCCUAUCAGGAUCAGCCACUCAGCAAUGGAGAGUUUGACAUUAUUGUUCUCAACGAGAAUGAGAAGGCCUACGUGGAGAAGAAUGUGUCCACGCCAGGCAUCAGCAUCUAUUUUGAGGCAUACCUCUACAGCAGCGGCAACUAUAGCAGCUGCUUGUCACAACCACCAGCCUCUCUGCUGGCUCCCCAUAGGAGGCCGUCCAUGGCAGACGAGGAGGACGAGCAUGACUCUCCUGUGGAGGGGCAAUCUGAAAAGGUCAAGAAACCAAAAAAGGUCUAUUGUUACAUAUCACCAAAGCAAUUAUCUGUGAAGGAGUUCUACCUGAAAAUUAUUCCGUGGCGCCUUUUCACCUUUCGAGUAUGUCCUGGAACAAAGUUUAGCUAUCACGGUCCAGACCCUCUUCACAAGUAUCUGACCCUAAUGGUGGAUGAUGGGAUCCAGCCCCCGGUGGAGCUUGUCUGCAAAGACAGAAACAUCAUGGCCGCCACCUUCAUACGCUUUCUACACAAAAACAUAGGCGGCUCCGAGACAUUCCAGGACAAGGUAAACUUCUUUCAACGUGAGCUCAGGCACAUCCACUCCAAGAGACCUCGCACCAAGACCUGCCUAAAAAUCACCCGACACUCAAUUCUUGAUUCAUCCCUCAAGGCAACACGGAACUUCUCUGUGUCAGAUUGGAGUAAGAACUUUGAGGUGGUCUUUCAGGACGAGGAAGCUCUUGACUGGGGAGGUCCUCGCAGAGAAUGGUUUGAGCUGAUAUGCAAGACACUCUUUGACACCUGCAACCACUUAUUCACUCGCUUCAGCGACAACAACCAGGGCCUGGUGCACCCAAAUGCUGAGCGACCGCAACACCUGCGAUUGAAGGUGUACGAGUUUGCAGGGCGCGUUGUGGGGAAGUGCCUCUACGAGUCUGCGUUGGGCGGGGCCUACAAGCAGCUAGUCCGAGCUCGUUUCACACGCUCUUUCUUGGCCCAAACCAUUGGCCUAAGGAUGAAUUACAAGUACUUUGAGACGGAUGACCAGGAGUUUUACAAGACCAAAGUGUGCUUCAUCCUGAACAAUGAUGUGAGCGAAAUGGACCUUGUGUUUGCUGAGGAGAAGUACAGCAAGUCAGGACAGCUGGAAAAGGUGGUGGAGUUGAUCUCAGGGGGAGCCCACAUUGCUGUUACCAAUGAAAACAAAAUGCAUUACCUCAACCUGCUGGCCCAGUACAGGCUGGCCAGUCAGGUGAGAGAUGAGGUGGAACACUUCCUGAAAGGUUUGAACGAACUGGUUCCAGAAAAUCUUCUAGCCAUAUUUGAUGAAAACGAGUUGGAGCUGCUGAUGUGUGGCACAGGCGAUAUAAAUGUCCAGGACUUCAGGACCCAUGCUGUAAUAGUCGGAGGAUCGUGGCAUUUUAGAGAGAAGGUGAUGAAGUGGUUUUGGGCGGUGGUGUCCAGCUUCACCCAAGAGGAGUUGGCUCGCCUCCUGCAGUUUACCACCGGCUCUUCCCAGUUGCCUCCUGGAGGAUUUAACACCCUUUGCCCCUCUUUUCAGAUAAUUGCAGCCCCCACACACAGCACCUUACCCACUGCACAUACCUGUUUCAACCAGUUGUGCCUCCCCACGUACGACUCGUAUGAAGAGCUGCACAAGAUGCUGAAAUUGGCCAUCAGCGAGGGAAGCGAAGGCUUCGGCAUGCUCUGACGGCUGCUGCCGUACACCACCAUUAGGAGAAGCCAGCCACACUCAAACCAGUGACCUUCCUCAAUGCUUGUAACAACUCUUGUGGAGUAUCUCCCACAAUCCUGCUAAACUCUUGUUAGGAUGCGAAGGUGUCACAUUGACUGCGCUGGAGUCAAACAAACUCAUGUACUGUUUGUAUAUAAGGCCUGCCCUUUUAAAAAAGAAAGAACCCACAAACUGCAGAAAAAGGUGAGAUUUGGUUCUCUUUUGUUUUUGCUGCAACAUUAGCUGACUUUUAUAUUUUAUUUUUUUUAUAUAUACUUUUUACCGCAGUAAGUGGACGUUUAUGAUGAUAAAGCAAGGGCCUUCAGUAUUCUUGUACAAACUGAGGAACAUUCAAAUGCAGCAGCAGCUUCAUGUGAAGUGGCUGCUGCUGCAUCUCCUGCACUUUGGCCUUAAACCAUCAGGGACUGUUGGUGUUUGUAAAUAUACUUUUUAAUACUUGUACAUACUAACGUACACCAAGGAGCAUUAGGGCAAAAAUGCAAAAUAUAUUACGAGAAUGAAGUGAGGUUUUUCCUCCCGUAACAUUGUGAUUAUACUCUCGUGAUCCAUCCAUUUUCUUCCGCUUGUCCCUUACGGGUUCGCGAGGGUGUUGGAGCCUAUCUCAGCUGCAUUCGGGUGGUAGGCGGGGUACACCCUGGACAAGUCGCCACCUCAUGUGAUAUUAGAAGAAAAAAAUAUUAUGAUUCAGAUAAGAAUAAAGUCUUAAUGUCUUCAGAAUAAUAUCCAAAUAUUGACAGAUUAAAGUAAUAAUUUUUACCCGAGGUCAAUGUCCUUCGAGGACUACAAUAAACCUGAAAUCAGUAAUAAUGUGUUAAUUUAACAAAAAAAUUUAAUGAAGAUAAUAUUUAAAUGUCAAAAUAUUGCAAAAAUGAAGCGUUUAAAAAAAAUAUCGUAAAACCGCAGCUUUUUUUUAUUUGUAAUAUCUGAAAAAUAGAGCAGAUAUAUAACAUAGUAAUGAUAUUGAAAUAGAAAAUAUAAUAAAAUAGUCAAAUAAAAUUUUAGUUGUACUUAAAGUUGUUAGAAGCAAAUUUAAUAGUUUAUUAUGCUCAACAUUAUUCUUAAAUAUUUAGAGGGGAAAAAGUGUUCAACAAUAAUGUUAACUAUUACAACAAGUCAAACUUAUGACAAAAAGAGAAAAAAAAACACCUAAAAGGUUCUCUUAAAAUUGCUUUUUUUAAUCUCCCUCAUAAACUGUAAUACAGCAUUUAAUUCUCUUAUAACCUAAUUAUACUUAAAUCAUUUUGAUUUACAGUUACAGUUACAGUUUAGGAUCCGUUUUUUGUAACAUUACGUCUUAUUUGUAAAAGUUAUUUUUUGCCCUAGCAUAUAUAUAUAUAUAUAUAUAUAUAUAUAUAUAUAUAUAUAUAUAUAUAUAUACUUUUUAAUCGAUCUUUUAUGUCUGUAAUAUUACGACAUUUAAUAUUUUAUUCUUAUAACAGUAAAAGUUUAUUAUUGUGACAAUAUGGUUAUUUUCUUGGAAUGCUACAUAUUUAGAAGGUUAACAACCCUUUUCUCUAAAUGUUACAAUGUAUUGUCAUCAUUGCUGCCCUAAUCCUCUUUAGUGCUUGAGGCUUUCAUUUUGCUGAGAAGCGAUAUAAUGACUUUAUGUGUGUAUUUCAUAGACAUGUGUUUUGGUUUUAACUUAUUGUGUCUUGAAGUAUUUAUGUUUAGCCACUAUGUUGUGUAACAUUUUUUUUAAGCUUGUCUUACUCAUGCUGAGCCUCUGAUUGUAUCCAAAGGGGCACGCGUGUAGGCGGAGUCUACAGCAGCUAAAUUCUAGAACAUUUGUCGUUCGCACACGCAAGGCUAACACGGGAAAAGAAGGACUUUUUCCACAAAGUAGGUUUACCUCAGAAUAUUCUAGGCUACCUAUGCAUCUUGUGACACAGAUGUAGAGAGAGUCUGAGAAAACAUGCACAUUUAAGUUCAUAGUUGCCUCCUCAGUACAGUAGUCCUGCUUCUGUUGCACUGAAGAAUGUUGUUCAUACAAAACCAUUGUCUCCUAUUUAUUUGGAUUAUAUUCUCAGCCAGAAUUAUUGUUCUCUUUUCCCCUAAUUACGUAACCACUCUGUUGUUGAGUUUAAAUGUUCCAAAUUCUGUUUGUCAAGUAAAUUAUGAGGAUGCUCCCAAAUGCACUCAAGGCUCACUGAAUGUACUUCAAAUUCAGCGGCGUAACAAGCAGGGGAUUUAACUCUGGAACUGUAAACAGGGCAUGCUGGCUUGUUUGUAAAUUUGCAAUGUAGGUCAAUUAGGAACAAGUUUGAAGUGCUUAAAAUUUAACUUAAGCACUAUUGCGUUGUGCUGGCAGCACGUAUUUAUUGUUAACUUUAGUAAGUUAGAUAAACUCGUAGAGCAGGGUUCGGGAACGUUUUUGGCUGAGAAAGCCAUGAAAGCCAAAUAUUUUAAAAUGUAUUUCCAUGAGAGUCAUGUAAUAUUUUUUUUAACACUGAAUACAACUAAAUGCGUGCAUUUUUAAGUAAGACCAACAUUUUUAGAGUAUAAUAAGUCUCUUAUUCUUUUUGAUAACAUUGUUAUUCUGAAGGUAACCAACAAUAAAUAAAAUACUUCUUACCAUUAAUGCUACUUCUGGUGCUGCAUGGUUUUGCUGAUGGCUUUGUAGUCGUUAUUUUUAACACUGUGAUUAUCAGCAGAAUUAUUCAUUACUUAUCCAAUGUCAGCUAAGAUUUAUUUGAGAGCCAGAUGCAGUCAUCAAAAGAUCCACAUCUGGCUCUUGAGCCAUAGGUUCCCUACCCCUGUUGUAGAGCAACCCCGUUAUAUAGAAAUAACAGCAAACAUGAAAGAGAUUUGCAUUGUAGUUUGCCUUCUUAAUCUUAGUGAUUUCCUUUUCUCUAACAUAAUUUGUAGAUUAGAAGGCCCGAGUGACUGUUAGCUGAAAUUUAGAUUUUGGGAUAGAGUUGCCUUUGACAUUUAAAAAAUAGGAUUUUUUUAAAAUUAUUGUUAUUGUUUUUAAUGACAAACCUAUGCAUGCCUAAGAUCUGCCAUGCAGUCACUUGUUAAUGGAAAUAAAAUAAAAACUGAUGGACUUAAUUAUUUCAAAAUAUAAUGUGUGUCUCUAUCCUUACACCAAUAUGUAUGAGUUUACAACAUUAAUGGGAUUAUUCUGGAUAAUUGAAGAUUAAUCCAUCAAAUGUCUGUUUAAAAAAAAACAAA